AUCUGACCCCAGCUGACUUCCUGCCCCUUGGACAGGGGGCUGGACCCGAUGAUCUCAUAAGGUCCCUUCCAGCCCUAAUGUCUAUGAAAUCUAUAAUGCCAAGAGGCACCCCUUAGCCAUAUAGCCAGGGAGCAAGGCCUGUCUCUUCCUGGCUGUGCAGCCCCCAGCACAGUGGAGUCCUGCACCAGGUCAAUGCCCCAUGGGUCUGUGGCUUCCUCGGGGCCUGGGGACAUGAGCUGGAACACUGUCCACGCUGGGUAUAUGUGUCCUGGACACAGGCUUCUCAAACCCCUUCUCACGGGGGAAGUGAAGCUGGGCAGAAAGGAGGCAUUUGGUUGCUCUUCCAAAAAGGAUUCCUGCCAGGUCCAUGGCUGCACUAAGCCUUGUCCACAUUGCCAGGCCUUCCUCAAGGUCCACACGACUGGUGUGAGCAGUGGCAAAAGAGGCAGGGCUGCCGUUGCUCCCCCAGCAGAGACGAGGAGCUGCUGCGGACGCAUGGAGCUGGAGGGCGGGAGGCUCCAUGUCAUGCCAGCUCUUCCCCGAGAGUAUGUGAUGAAGCUGAAAGGGCUAGCCUGUUCUCGUCAGCCAGAGCUGGGAGCACAGAGGCCCGUUAUAGUGGCUGCCCAGGAGCCCAAGUGGGAGACGAGCCUCCCUGGCUCCAGCCCUGGAGUGGGAGUGGAGAUGAAUGCUCCCGACCUUGGCCAACACCCUUCCAGAGGUUUAUAUAAGAACUAGUUAAACACUAACUUCAGUGGCAGUGCUAAGACCUCAUUGGCAGGUGCCUGCACCCCUCUAUUUAGUGGGAUAUAAAGCCCAGUCCCAGCUGGGCAGCAGGAAGCACACCAUCCCUUUGGGGCUUACCAUGGAGCUGCUUGGAGCCAGCACAGCUGUCCUGGCCUUCUGUGUCACCUGCCUCUUGGUCCUGGCCUGGAGGAAACCCCCUCUGGAAAGGCGGUCCCCACCUGGACCCAUUCCCUUGCCCAUUCUUGGAAACCUGCUGCAGCUCAGAGUCAAGGACGCAAGAAAGACCCUCCGCAAGAUGAGCGAGCGCUACGGCCCGAUCUUCACGGUGUUCUUCGGCUCAGACCGCGUGGUGGUGCUGUAUGGUUACGACGUGGUGAAGGAAGUGCUGGUUGACCGUAGCGAGGAGUUCUUGGACCGGGGCAGCUUCCCCUCAGCAGACAAGACCAACAAGGGCCUCGGCAUCAUCAUGAGCAACAGGGAGCGGUGGAAGCAGAUGCGCCGGUUCUCGCUCACCACCCUGCGCAACUUUGGCAUGGGCAAGAAGAGCAUUGAGGAGCGGAUCCAGGAGGAGGCCCAGUUCCUGCUGGAGGAACUGCGGGCCAAGGACGGGCAUCCCUUCGACCCCACCGUCCCCUUCAGUUGCGCCACGGCCAACGUCAUCUGCCACAUCCUGUUCGGGGAGCGUUUCGACUACCAGGACAGCCAGUAUCGGCACGUCCUGCGAGUGCUCAGCGAUAGCUUCCGGCUUGAGAGCUCCGUCGCUGGCCAGCUCUACAAUGUCUUCCCCGCCCUCAUGGAUCACCUGCCUGGGCCACACCAGACCUUCUUCCAGAACAUCUCCACCAUCCAGGGCUUUGUGGCCAGCAGAGUCCGGGCUCAUGAGGACACUGUGGACCUCAACGCCCCCCGGGACUUCAUCGACUCCUUCCUCCUCAAGAUGGAGCAGGAGAAGCAGAACCCCAAGACAGAGUUCACCAGGGAGAACCUGAUGAUGACCACCUACGACCUCUUCUUCGCCGGGACGGAGACCACCAGCACCAGCCUCCGCUACGCCAUCAUGGUGCUGCUCGAACAUCCGGCCGUGGAAGAGAAGAUCCAGGAGGAGAUCGACCAGGUGAUCGGGCGGGAACGCGGUCCCACCAUCAAGGACCGGGCAGAGAUGCCCUACAUGGAUGCCGUCAUCCAUGAGGUGCAGCGCUACAUUGACCUCCUCCCCUUGGGCGUACCCCGCAUCACCAGCUGCAACACCCACAUCCACGGCUACCACAUCCCCAAGGGCUGCACGGUCUACCCCAUGCUGAGCUCUGUGCUCCAUGACCCCAAGCAUUUCAAGAACCCGGAGAUGUUCGACCCUGAGCACUUCCUGGAUGACAAAGGGGCUGUCAAGAAAAACGAGGCCUUCAUGGCCUUCUCAGCAGCCUCGUGCCCCCAGGGAAGCGAAUGUGCAUUGGCGAGAGCCUGGCCCGCAUGCAGCUCUUUCUGUUCCUGACGGCCAUCUUGCAGAACUUCCGCCUGCAGCACGCACCGGGCGUCAGCCAGCUUGACCUCACCCCUGACGUCAGCGGUUUUGGCAACAUCCCGCGCCCCUUCCUACUGCGCCUGGCCCCUCGCUAGCCGGCCCUCUGGCCACGGCA